CAAAAACUAAAAAUAAAACUAAAAACUAAAAAUAAAAAUAAAAACCUCCUAAAACAUUUUUGUUCCCAAGUUUACUCUGCAAAACCCAAAAACCUCAAACCUAAGACUCUCCAUUGACGCGAAACCUACCACAAUUCUCUACGCGGCGGCGAUUUACGGUGGUGGAGAUUUAGGUGGCGAAGUUUUCUUUUCCCGGUGGUGCUUCUUCCGACGGAAUUUCAAAUUUCAAGCUAAUCUGGAUCUUCAAGGUCUCCCAUUCACUUUCAACUUGAUUCACAAAGCCUAUGCAAAUGGUUACCGGUAAAAGAUGUUGUUAAUGAAAUGACAGGUGCAGAUGGGUGCUAUCAAUCUCUACAUUAAGAAAUGUGGUUAAUGAAAUGACAGAGCAAGGAAUUAAUGUUUCUUCCAGGAAUGGACGGUGAUGUAAGCGCUUUGACGUAAUGGGAGGCUAGCAACAACCCAACACCUGGCAACUAUGGGUUCUCUUUGCAGACCCAAGAGAGCAAAGAUAAUACAUUGGUUAUUUUGGAAAAUGGAUGACCGUCUUCAUGACUGUAAUUGUAGCCUACUCUUGUGGUGCUGCUAAUUACACAGGUGGAUCAAAUGAGAUGUGCUUGAUGUGGAGUAGUGAACUUACUGACUUACAAGAGGAGUAUCAGGACGGGCUUACUAUCUUUGUUCGCAGUACACCUUCUGAUAUAGACUGUCAAGUUUGGCCUCAUACUACUUGCAAAGUCGCAAGAGACAGUGAAAGAAGGUGCAUUUGUCGAAAGAAAUUUCAUUGGGAAGAAAAAUAUAUUAUUCUCAAGGUUGUGCCUUCUUGCUUAGCUGGUGCGUUGGAAAUUAUUCUUCUGUGUGGGAUCUUCUUUAUUUAUCAAUCCCGGAAGGGAAGACUUACUGAACAUCAAGGUAAGUACGUUUUACCAAUUCACUUCUACAAAUUAUAGAUUAUUCCCAGUGAUGACUGUCUUGCUUAUACUUCUACUGCUGUUGACUGUCAUGCUUCUACUGUCCUGCUGCUGUGUUUCUAUGACAAUUAGUAUGGCUGAUGUGUUGCUAUGUGUUUCUAUGACUGUCAUGCUUCUACUGUCCUGCUGCUACUUAAUAUGGACCCAAGUAGGCAGUACAUAGGACUGCUGGAAUUUCUUCACCUUUUAAUACAACAGAUCCUUAUUAAACCCAAUCACUUCUAACAGGGAUAACAAAGCCUCACGUCUUACACUAACAAACUUGGGACAGUAGUGAGCUAACAAACCCACUAAAAUUGAAAAGAAACAUACAACUUGAAUUGAUUUCCUCCUUCUUUUCUUGGUUGAGACUCCCAACUUUCAAAAUAAAAAUUAUAUAGACUAGUAGAAAAUGGGUGUUUUAUUUGAUAAUAGAUCAAUCUAAGGGGAGGAAUUAUCAUUACUAUGAUUAUUUGCAACAAAGUGAAGAAGUUGACCAGAACACUAGUCGAAUCAUCCAUUUGUAAGAUCUGAUUAUUUUUUUAUAAUUUAUAAUUAAAUUUCAUUUACAAAUUAAGUAAGUGCAUCUCUCUGAUCGAUUACCUGGUAAGAUUACGGUGGUCCAACUUGGCAACUUCCAUCACGAUUAAUGUUAGUUUCUAAAUAGAUGUGGUUAUGUUUAAUUCAUGUCACUUUUAUGUUAAAGAUCCCUUUUGUUUCCCCCCUUAUUCCCCCCCCCCCCCCUUAUGUCAGUCAUCCUUCACACAGAUAAACAAAUUGAGAUACGCUGAUCUAGAUUAAGUAGAAGACUGAGUGUAGCUCACACGGUUUAGAACAGCUCAGAUCGAGUCCCCAACUUGUUGCAAUAUAUUAUGGGCACUUAUUUUAGCUGUCCAUUUGCACAUGCUUCAAUUCCUGCUGAUUUAUUUAUGGGUAGCUGGUAUUCAAUUCCUGCUAAUCCUGCUAAUAAUAGCAUUAUAGAUUCACACAAUCACACUUAGGGCUGUCAAUACCGUGCUAUCAUAUAAAUAAAGAAAUGCCUAAACUACAAGACUCCUUCUAACAAAAGACAUUAAGUUUGUCACUUUGACACCAGAUAUUAAAUCUGGUUUAGUGUCCUGUCUUACAUCAUCUCUCCUUAUCUUGGACAGAGCCAGUUUAGAUUGAAUACUUUCUAGUCAAUAAAUUUAUAUGUUGGUAACAUGGUACACUGAAUUUGUGUUCCCUAUACAUUUUUCAAUUCAUACCUUGAAACGUAAUCCAAAAUGUAGGAAAAUGAAAAUGAAAAAAUGCAGGAAAAUGCAGGAAAAUGAAAAAAUGCAGGAAAAUGAAAACAUGAAAAAAUGCAGACAAAUGAAAAAAAUUAGAGCAGACAAGGGAGAAACCGAAUGCAUUAGAUGAUGGCAUAUAUAUUUACUGAACACAAAUACUAACUUCCAAAAUGUGAAGUUCAUUUUUUUUCUUCAUGUAUUGCACUUAAUGUUAAUGUUUAUGGUAAUACUAAUUCUUUCGGGUUUUUUCCCUUCUAUAUAUGUAUGAAUUCUUAUACACCAUUGUUUCACAGUACUUUUCAAAUUGUCAGUUUCUAAGUUAUGACAAAGAGCAGAUUGACGAAGUAAUUAAGAACCGAUUGGGUGCUCUAUGUUGUUCAACAAUUGUAUAAUUGCUAGGUUAUGUUGAAGGAACCAACAAACAUAAGGCUCUAUUGAUGUAUUGAUUAAUUUAUUCUACGUAGUUUAAUUUUUAGUUUUAGUUUAGAUCUAUGUAAUCGGUUUUAUUAGGGUGACAAUUGUAAAAAUUCUUUUAAUUGAGGUAUGGAAAUUAAUUUUCAACUA